AUGUCCGACAAAAAGUCCCAAACGCCUCGUGUGUUCAUCAUGAGACAUGGAGAGACGGAAUGGUCCCGAGCUCGCCGCCUCACUGGGAGCACAGAAAUUGAUCUCAACGAGGAGGGAGAACAGCAGGUUGCCGCUAUGGCGAAAGCUUACGCGGGCGCAGGCAAAACCAUCGACCCAAAUCGCCUUGGGCUGGUUGUGGUUAGUCCAAGAAAGAGAGCGCGGCGUACUUUAGAUCUCUUUCUACCGAUGUCCGAUGACGGCAAUCAGAAGCCAGAGGUUGUCGUAGACGAUAACGUAGCGGAGCGGGACCAUGGCGACUAUGAGGGACUUCCCAAGGAAGAAAUUCAAGAAAAAAGAUGGGCAAUGGGAUUGGACGAGGGCACCAAAUGGAACAUCUGGCGUGACGGAUGUGCGGGCGGAGAGUCGAAUCAGCAGGUUACCGAGCGAGUGGACAGAGUCAUUUCUCAGAUCCGUGACAAACAAAGCACUUAUAUGAAUGGCGAAAAGCCUGCUGAUGUUCUUGUUGUCUCGCAUGGCAGUAUCUUGGCCGUUUUUGCGGCACGCUGGGACGGAACGGACGCUACACACGGCCGCCGUUACUUCCUCCCCCCGGCGGGAAUAGCCCGUUUGAAGUGA